UCUAGUUCUACCCGUACAAAACCGGUUUUAAUUAAAAAGCCCUAAUUUUCUCUGAUCUUUCGUUGUCGUGAAAUUUCUCCGUCAUCGUUCUCCAAUCUCACUCAAUAGCUUUGCCGGUCUUCUCUCUCACAGGUUCAGUGAAAUUUCAAGUUUUGAUUCUUAGGUUCUGAUUGCAUUUGUGUUUGCGUUUGGAGUGUUGGUAAUACGAUAGCACUGGUCUGGGAACGAACUGCAAAAUUCUGAAACAAUUGAUGGAACAAGGUGGUAAAAGUUCGAGAAUGGGAGAUUUUAUGAGUGAGGACAGGAUCAGUGAGUUGCCUGAAGUUUUGCUUCUGAAGAUAUUGUCUUCACUUCCUACGAAACUUGUCAUAUCCACAAGUGUUUUGUCUAAACGAUGGCGCUCUCUUUGGAAAAUGGUACCAAGACUCGAGUUUGAAUCUUAUCGAAACAUAUAUGAAUUUGCAGAAAAUGUUACCAGGUCUUUGCUUUCACAUAAAGCUCCAGUUCUAGAGAGUUUGCAUCUGAAAGUUAGAGAUCAAUUUGAUGGUGUAUAUGUUGGAGUUUGGGCUACAAUUGCAUUUGCACGCCAUGUUCGUGAGUUCGUACUCGAUCUUAGUUUUUGCCAUGGCCUGCAAAUCAGAUUUCCAAGUAGCUUGUUUUGCUUUGACACACUUGAGACCUUGAAACUUAUGAAUUACGUUUAUCUUGAUUUUCCUUCUCUGGUUUCUAUGAAGUCCCUUAGAACUCUUCACCUUCUAUCCCUGGUGUACAAAGGCGAUGAAUCUGUUCAUAAUCUUUUUUCUAGCUGCCCUAAUCUUGAACAUUUGGUCCUGCGUCGAGGUUUCUCUCAUGAUUAUGUUAAGAAUUUCACCAUUGAGGCACCAUCUUUGAAGACACUAUCGCUUUCCGAUUCCUUUCGUGCGCGAGAGAGUAGUGGAUAUGUGAUAAAAGCUCCUUCUUUGAAGUACUUGGGAAUUGAAAGUGUAGAAGGUUAUGAGUUUUUUCUGAUUGAGAAUGCAUCAGAGCUAGUUGAGGCUAGUAUUAGAAACGUUUCUAAGAUAGUCAAUGAGAAGAUUUUGGGAUCUCUUGAGUCAGCCAAGCGUCUUUCCUUGGACUUAUCACCUUUGAAGAUUACAUAUCCUACUGAAGUUAUGUACCAUCAACUGGUAUAUCUAGAGAUGCAUACACAUAAAGUGGAGUGGUGGAAUAUGCUUACGGUCAUGCUUGAUAGCUCUCCUAAACUACAAGUCCUCAAGCUGAUUGAUCAUGAAACUCGUCAGGAAAAUCUAGAAUUUAACAAACAAUAUACGGACCAAGGGGAAUGGAAUCAACCAAAGUAUGUCCCUGAAUGUUUGAUGUCCCAUCUCGAGACAUUUAUGUGGAGAAAUUGCAAUUGGGGAAGAGAAGAAGAGAAAGAAGUGGCUACAUACAUUCUAAGGAACGCAGGACAGCUGAAGAAGGCAACUUUCUCCACGGAUCCCAUUGAAUCAAAAAGGCUCUGUAAGUUGGCAAAGAGAAGUAAGAUGCGCAACGAACUGGAUGGUGUGGUCAGGGCUUCCAGCUCAAGCCACCUUGUGUUUGAAUUCGAAUGAUCUUAUAUGUGUUAGACUUCAUUUGCAUCACCUGGAGUUUCUUUUAUUACAUGCUUUAGUUUAAUUUGUUUAGAGGGAUUUAUAAACAAAUUAGUUUUAUUUUGUAAGAAGUCAAGGAAAAACUUGUUAUUGUUA